GCUCUACUUUGCUGCGCUGCCGGAAGAACGUGCGCGCGGUUUUAAUAGUUUUAUGUGUGUCUAGCAUAUUUAACACAUAUAUAUAUAUGUAUAGUAUAUAUAUAUAUAUACACAGCAAAAACAUACGUAUAGUUAAUAAUUCUUAGUCGUUAAGUUAAUACGCCAGAAACGCGGCAAUAGCUACCAGAAUUAGACAUAGCGAAUCUUACAUAGAACAUUUCCAGAUCUAAAUUUUCAAGUGUAUUUAUAAAUUAGUUUUUCCGUUUUUUUUUCUGGUUUAAUACAAAAAAGAACUCUUUCGGCGGUACGUUGUUUAUGAUUAUUUUUUUUUCGCAAAUGUGCUUGGUGUGUGAGAGUGUGUGAACUAAUUGUUGAUGCCUGCUACCGCUGUUCCAUUGCAACAAACAAAAUAACGAAAAAAGAAUGAAUUAUUAGACAUAAAUAUGUGCAUAUGACGGCAACAACAGAAAAUAAAGGCAACAAUUUGUGUGUUUUAUAUACAUAUAUGUAAAUUUUGAAACGAAGCAAGCCGCCACCUUAAAUCGAAAUUUCGUGCAACGACAAAACAGAAUACUAAAAAAACACAAGCUGCCCCGUUAAAGUAGAAGCCGAAGAGGAAGCAGGAAGCAAUUGGAAGGAAACCAAAAACUCAAAGAAACUGAAGUCAAUAAAAAGUAACCCCAAUUAGAGACCCCCGCAACACCCCCACAACAAUCCAAUCUAACACCCUCUCCCCCUACCACCACCACCAACACUACUACCAUCAUCAUGGAUUUAAUCAAUAAGUUUAGCAAUGCAUUUUGGAGUACGCACGUUUGGCUCCCGCCAAAUACAACAUGGGCGGAUAUAGCGCCUGGUUCACGUCCCGAUGUUGUUCAUGCAAAUUAUAAGGAUCUGAUAUGGCCGAUACCGCUGGCCGCUGUUGUCAUGCUGGUCCGUUAUACACUAGAGCGGUUUUGGAUAUCACCAAUUGGCAAGUCAUUGGGUAUACGAAGCUCCAGACCCAAAAAAGCAGCAAAUGUUCCUAUAUUAGAGGCGGCAUAUGCCAAAUCAUCGCGAUUGGAUAAUAAACGGCUGGCUCCGCUGUCCAAACAAACGGAAUUAACUGAACGUCAAAUUGAACGCUGGUGGCGUUUACGUCGUGCCCAGGAUAAGCCAUCGACAUUGGUCAAAUUCUGUGAGAAUACUUGGCGCUGUGUAUAUUAUCUAUAUAGCUUUAUAUUCGGUGUCAUUGUCCUAUGGGAUAAGCCUUGGUUCUGGGAUGUGAAAAGCUGUUGGUAUGGUUAUCCCCAUCAGUCAGUCAGCAAUGAUAUCUGGUGGUAUUACAUGAUAUCUAUGUCAUUCUAUUGGUCAUUGACUGGUACACAAUUCUUUGAUGUGAAACGAAAGGACUUCUGGCAAAUGUUUAUACAUCAUAUGGUUACCCUAUUGCUAAUGUCCCUGAGUUGGGUAUGCAAUUUACAUCGUGUUGGUUCCCUUGUUCUUGUCGUGCACGAUUGCGCUGAUAUAUUCUUAGAGGCGGCUAAAUUAACCAAAUAUGCCAAUUAUCAGAAAUUAUGUGAUGCCAUAUUUGCGAUAUUUACUGUGGUAUGGAUAGUCACACGUUUGGGUUUCUAUCCACGGAUUAUCUACAGUUCAUCUGUGGAGGCACCACGCAUUCUGCCCAUGUUCCCAGCCUAUUAUAUAUUCAAUUCAUUGCUAUUAAUGCUAUUGGUGCUGCAUGUGAUCUGGACAUAUAUGAUUCUAAAAAUUGUUGUCGACUCUCUGCAAAAGGGUCUGGUAUGUUUGAUGUCUGGUGAUAUACGUUCCAGUGAUAGUGAGGAUCUCACAGAUAGUUCUGAGAAUACAAAAGUUGCCAACGGCGGAACGGGGCGAUCCAAGAACAAGGUGAACCCUACACCAGCAGGAAGUGGAGGUGGUGGUGGUGCCGGUGAUGGUGGGGUCACACAGCGUAGGACCAAUAAUGCCAGCAAUCAUAAUAAUACAACGACAACGACAGCGGCCAAAUAAAUGGGGAUACGCCGCAUCAAAAGAGAGAAAAAAAAAGGAAGCAGGAGCCCAAGUAGUGGAACAAAUAGCUCUAACCAGUAAAUAAAAAAAAAAGAGUAAAUAAAAAACAAGAAAAGAAUAGCUACAAAAGAAAAAGUGAAAAGUUUGAAUGGGCAAGCCACUCAUAAAAGGA